UCCUAGAAUAAUUAAAGAUUGGCUGGAGGUUCAGAGACGCCAGCUUUAAAGUGAUUUAACAAGCUGUAUCCUGCCAUCUGUAAUGGGAAAUUUGUUAAAAGUAUUAUGUCAGGCCGACUCCUCUGCUUCCAGAGACUAUGACAUUUUUGUUGACUUUGAGAGUGUUCAGCCAACAGCAGAAGAGAAAGCAGUGUGGGAAAAGGUACAGGCUGUUCUAAAUGAGAGUCAGACAAUCCUACAGGAUAUACAACAGUAUACAGGGGCCACAGAGGACAUCAAACAGGCCAUAAGUAAUCCAACAAAUGAUGGCCUACAAGAGAAGGCAUGGGUGGCUGUAUGUCCUCUAGUGGGGAGACUGAAAACCUACUUUGAGUUUGCUAAUAAAUUAGAGCACACUGUCCAUGAUUUGCUGGAAGUACUAUGUUCAAUAGACAAAACUCCUAGGGAGCACUUGGAAACACAGCAGGCUUUAUUUAAACAGUUUGCACAGAUUUUAGACUUUGUACUUAAGUUUGAUGAUACAAAGAUGAUAAACCCUUCAAUACAGAAUGACUUUAGUUAUUACCGAAGAACACUGAGUCGAAUGAAAAUGGCAAAUGAAGAUGACAACCAGGGCAGUGAGAAUGUUGUUUCCAAUGAAAUGGCCAACAGGAUGUCACUGUUCUAUGCCCCAGCUACACCAAUGUUAAAGGUACUUGGCGAGGCAACCACAAAGUUUGUGUCCACCCACAAAGAACUGCCCGUGGAGAACACCACUGACUGUCUGAGUACAAUGGCCAAUAUCUGUAGGGUUAUGAUUGAAACUCCGGAGUAUGUAGCUAGAUUCCAAAACAGUGAAACCAAAUUAUUUUGUCUACGUGUAAUGGUGGGAGUAAUAAUUCUCUAUGACCAUGUACAUCCUGUUGGAGCAUUUGCCAAAUCAUCAACUAUAGAUAUCAAAAGUUGUAUCAAAGUACUGAAAGAACAAGAACCAGGAAGAGUAGAGGGCUUGUUAAAUGCCUUAAGAUAUACAACAAAAACAUUAAAUGAUGAAACAACACCAAAAACAAUUAAAGCUAUGCUUGCAGGCUGAGCACGUGUUUCAUAUGUAGACAAAUCGAUGCUUUACAUUAAUUCACUGCAUAUUUUUCUUGUUUCUGUGUGUGAUUGUGCUACCAAGUGUUCAGACUGACAAUGGUGUGUUUUAUGGAUGAGUGACUGGAGUUGUCUUUGCUUACAUGAGAUAUUGGCAGCUGAUGUUUUAAUGUCCGGGAGUUAUAACAACAUGUUACCAUGGAGAAUUGUGAUGUCAUUGUAAGACAAAGAGGAGUGGAAAUACAGAAUACUUUCCUCAUUUAGUUGUGGACUGCAUUUUGAUGAAUUACAUUUCCUUAAUUUUGUGGCAGGAUCCAAAGAACCCAAAUAAAUUUUUUUUUUUUUUUUUUUUUUUUUUGAAAGGCUGAACACCAUGUUUUUGCAUUGAAAAAAAAUCAGUGUCUGUUAAAAUCAGGUGCUUUUUAUUACAUCUGUUAUCACCUGCAUGCUUUUCCCCCUUUUCUUAUUUAUGGUGAAUAUUGAUUUGAUACCGGUAUAUCACAUUCAUGUACCUACUACCAUCCAUUUGUCAAGUAAGGAGCAGUUCUGAUAUAAGUGCUAUUUUUCAUAUGUCCAAUAGUCUUUUUUCCCCUUAACAAAGUUGAGGUAGAAAAAACAUAAAAUCAGGGUUAGAUUAGUUGUAGAUUGAAGUGAUAGUCUUAGGUUACUAAUCAACAUUUCAUUGAAUGGGUGAUUUUUGAAAUACAUUGUCCUUGAAGAGAAAAACUUUUUAAUUAUGUUUAUAUUUUUAAUAAUAAUUUUGAACUAUUCAUGAAUUGAGCUUUUCACAAAACCUAGCUAGAAUUACCAAAUGUGGUGUAUAUAAUUAAUUAAUUAUGUAUCUUUUUGUGCUAUAUAUUAUUCCUUACAUGUCAGAUUAUUAUAAAAAGAUACAUGUAUUAAUGUAUGUUGUUAAAUGUGUGUGAUAUGAAAAAAGAAAUAUCACAUAUGAUAUUACCAUAAAAGAGGUUAUUUUAGUGACAGGCAAAUUUUGCAAUUUUUAAAGUGGGAACGUUUUAUCAGCAUAAUUAAUUUUCAGCGAUUUUUUUGGAUUCCUCUAUUUAUAUUUGUCGAUCUAAUUUUAUUUUACUUUCAAUACUAAAAUCUUUUUGGUUUAGAUGCUUGUUACAAUUUUUAAUGUCACACUCAGAAUUAGCAACAUACUUGGAAACAGGUUAGGACAGCGAUAAUAUCACAUGCUUGUAAUUUAUGCAUGUACGGUUCAUAGAUUUCUCAAAACAUCAGUUUUGUGUUUGAAAGAAGCCAAAUAAACUUGAUGUCAAUCAAAGCUGUCGAUAUAAGAUUGAUUGAAAACAACAAACAGCAGAUGAAAAAUUCUUGUGACAAUCUCCGACUUUUAUUUGUUGAUGUCAUAUUUCAAUGAGACAUUCAGUAAAAUAAGAUAAAUGGGGAAUGUUUUUGAGAGUAACAGUUGAAACUGACACCCAUCAGAAAACUAUUGUCACCCUCGGCAGAGGCAUCAGUUUACAAUGGUUUUCGGGUGUCAAUUUCAACUGCUACCCUCCAAAACAUGCACCGUUUAUAUAAUUUAUAUUACAUAUAUUUUAAGCAUUGCCAGGACCAUCGCUAAUAAUGCCAAGAUAGACUGUCCCUAAAAAUUCCUGUCAUAUGGUAAUGUUAAUCCAAAACAAACAAAAUAUUUAGGAUCAAUAAGAAAAUACACGUAUUUAUAUUGUAUAUCUUUUUUAGUACUAAAGAAUGUUUAUUUUUAUCCAGUAUUAAUGCAGUAAUUGCAUUGUAAUAGACAUUUAAGUAAACAAUGAGGGUUAGUUUAAAUAUUGAGUGUUUGAAAAUCUGUCCAUGACAAAUUUAGAAGGGUAUUUCUUGACAUCAGUAGUUAUGUACCGGUAAUCUAACAGUCUGUCAGACCUUGUGUUUUUUCAAUCUUUACACUUAAUAUAAUUUUCUAUCUCUAUAAAUUUGGGUUUUGGAAAUAACAUCAAAACUUCAUAAAAAUAGACAAUUCCAUGUUUCAUGUAACACAUAAAAAUGCAUAAUGAAAUAAAAGUGCUGCAGUAUUUUGAAUUAGCUUGUACACCAAGGCUUGGUGUUUGUCAGACACAGUUUCUUAAUUUUUCUUUAAAUUUUGUAAUAUUUUUUUUAUUCAGUAUUAGUGAAAAUAUGUAAUUUUCUUAUAAGUUUUUCAAUAAUAAUUAAUAGAGGUAGACAUUUUCAAUAAAAAAUUGUUUUAGGGGAGAUGAAAAAAAAACCCAGUAAUAUUAUAAAACUACAUAGAUGUGAUGUUACAGAUUAUGCAUAUGAAUACAUUUUAGUAAUUUGUUUUGAAAAACUUCAUCAGCUCAAGUAAAUGUAAUGUAGUUGUUUUAAUAUAUAUGACAUGUAUGAUGUUUAACACAUUCCAAUUUCAGCAUAUCGGCCUGUACAUGUAAAUGUAUUGUGUAAUCAUCUGAGAAUAAGGGUGGUUGUGUUUGUUUAUAAGAACUGUUUUAAAAAGUAAAUACAAACUGGUACAAGAGAGCUUAUUGUUGAGUAUAUAUUAUGUACUGCAUUUAUAGCUUUAUGUCAGUAACCAUUUGCUUUAUUUAAGAUAUUAAGAUGUAUUUCUUUAGAAUGCCAUCUUUUUCUAACUUUUCUACUACAGUAUACUGGGUAUAACAUACCUUUGUGAAAAUUCUUUUAUUUGAUAUAUAAUUCCAUAUAAUUUUUUUUAUUCUCUGUCUUUUCUAUGCAAAGAUAAACCACAUUGUUCAGUGCAUGCUAUUAAAUUUUUUUUUGACCUACUACCUUGUCUUUCUGAUUGCUUAACCAAAUCCAUCCUCACAACGUUAGGGGUCCUGUGUCAACUCAAUGGGACCCCUGACAUAUUUCAUUCAUGUCUAUUUGGGGUUUGGGGGUUGCUUCUUUCAUUGAGAGGCACCAAUGGAAUUGAAGUAGACAGAUAAUGUAAACAGAAAGGCUUAAUUUGAUUGCUUGAGAGAUUAGAAAAACAAACAAGAUUUGUAAUUUUCCCGAAAGAUGUCGCAGCACUCAGCCUGUAAGAUACUGAAUGAAAUUUGUCAGGGGUCCCACAGCAAUGAGUUGACACAGGACCCCUGAUGUUGUCAGGAAGAACCACCUCCUUUGUAAAAAACACUUUGUUAGAGAAUGAUCAUAUCACCUUAGGUAAGCUUUGUGUACUUUUGUGAUAGAUACCAUUUUUUCUCUCUUGGUGUUCUGUAUUGUCUUCAGUUACUAGAAUACAUGGCAUUCACUGAGAAGACUGUAAUAAUUGUUUUGUUAGAGAUGUGUGUUGCAGAAUUACAUUGGCCAUUUUAAGACUAUAAAAAAUAUCAAUUUUAUAUAGAUCAAAGAAAAUAAAUGUUGAAAACCUG